GUUUUAUGAGAUUUUGCUCCAGCAUUGGCCAACUUACACUAUUUGACCCCAGUCAUAACGACCUAAGUUUAAACGUACCAGAUGUACCAACCCAACAAUUAUGUCGCGUAUGAGCCUGGAACUAUGCAGGGAUUGCCUGCCGCCAUCUGGCGUCUGCCGUUUCAUUCUCAAGACUCUCAGGCUCAUAAUGUUAUUCUGUCUUGACGGGAACUGGACAAGCGCUGUCGUCUGCGUUUCUUCCGGCGGGAAAAUGCCGUCUGCUAUUCCUUGUCGCCUUCUGACGUUAUGCGUUUUGAUUAGUUUGUGCUGGAUAUUAUGUUCUCAUUGUGUGACCACAGGCGACCUUCAAGAAGCUGACAUCUCGGCCAGUCCCGUGUUCAAGCGCGUUGCUGGAGGAAUAGAUGUGGGUCCAACGGAAUUUCCCUGGCAGGUCCGCCUUCGGUCAUUUGGUCAGGUCAUUUACAGUGGGGCGCUCAUAGCUGACAACUGGGUCGUCACAGCCGCCUCGUGCUUUGACGGGAAUUACUCUCCCUCCCAAUGGAACGCCAAGCUCGGAGGCGUGUACACGAGCUGGAGGGAAGGGACGAGGAGAGCUGUUUUCGUGGACAGCAUUUUGCUGCACGGCGGCUACAGCCGGCCGGACGAUAACAGUACUCUGAACGACAGACCACUGCCUCAUGACCUGGCACUGGUCAAGCUAAAUCUCUCGCACAUCGCGGGUCUGGGCGUCAAGUUUCCACACUUGAGAAUGGCUCAGAGUGAGAUGGGCCUAAACGACUCCACUUGUUACGUCAUCGGAUGGGGUUCCCUUGGUCCUGACCAGGGGUCAGCAUCCAGGCUACAGAAAGUUCGCACGAAGUUACUGGAUCAUCGUAGCUGUGGAGAGGCCACGGGGCACCCAGUAGACCCGCAGUUUCUGUGUGGGCGGGCCUUCAGUACUGGGGGAGGGCCCUGCAAGGGAGACCGCGGCAGCCCCGUGGUGUGUGAGAUGGGCCAAGGCUGGGCUCUGGUGGGCGUGGUGGGACAAGAGUUUGCCUGUGCGGGGUCGUCUUCCUCAGUGGUGGGCAGGAUCCUCAGUAUACCGCACCACUUUCCGUGGAUCAACAAGACCAUACACAUUUUUUAACACUGGUCUAUCUCUUUUGUUUAUAUGGUGGAUGGGAAAAUAAGAUAAAUGAAUAAACGCUACAAUUCGUG